CCCGCCAUGCAGUGUCGAUGGGGAGAAUUAACUAGUUCAAGAAAUUCGCGUGGGAAUGGUUUGACGCAGACAAACUUUUCUUUUUAUUUGGAACCAGUUUAUUUUUCUUUUCGAAGUUCGAGUAAUGCGGAGAUUACGUCCGUUCGUUCGUAAUUAACUUAUAUUCUUUCGACCAUCCGCACGUCCGAUUAGCGUAGUCCGAAAGGCGUCGAGUGCUAGACCGAAGAAACAUGCACUCGUUAGAAAGCUCCGAAGCCAACGUGCCGGCAUUUCUCGCCAAGUUAUGGAAAUUAGUAGAAGAUUCGUCCUACGAUCAUUUGAUAAAAUGGGGGUCGGUGAGUGUCGUUCGUUUCGUCUUUAGAAAGUGAUGUCUGCUCUUCCCCUUCGACGUCCCGACUCUCGGUCCAGAUGCGGAACGACGUAAUUCCGAAUUGUUCCGCGUUUGCCGAGCGACGAGGGCGUCGAAAUUCGUAGUACCGACCGCUUCGACGUUACGUAACGGCGAGAACGCGUAUUUCCUGAAAGCGGUCGGAUCGCCUUUCGCGGAAGGAAUGUCGUCUGCCAGCCAGGCUGUGGGUUCCUCCUUUCGUCUCCCUCGCGUCUUUUCCCUUGCUUCCUUUUCUCCUUUGGCGUCGGUCUGCUUUUCCGAAGUUUGCUUUGUGGCUUGUUCCGGCUCCAGAAGUAAAAUGAAGUUCUUGCACUCUAAAUUGGGAUGGAAGCUGUUGUGUAAAAUUUGUGCGCUGGGGCAGAGAUCAUAAGCUUUCUGGACCAUCUGACGACCAACCGAGUUGCGAUAAUGGGAGACCUACGGGAAGUGCCAGGCGGAUGUACGGUACAUGAUUGAUAAUGUGAUGGAUCAGAAGCGUUGUUGAGGAGAGCUUUUAAAAACGUGACCCGGUAGUGAGAAGUUGAUAACACCAGUUAUAGAUUAUGAUAAAAUGUUAAGUAAACAAUGUUUUGGAAAAUAUAGCAAAAGAAACAAAAACUGAUGACUGAAAAUAGUUUCAUUAUUAAAGAUCAAGCAGAAUUUGCAAAAGAGCUUCUUCCUCUUUAUUUUAAGCAUAAUAAUAUGGCAAGUUUUGUACGACAGUUGAAUAUGUAUGGAUUUCGGAAAGUAACCAAUGUAACAAGGCCUAGUUUGAAGAAAGAAAGUGAUGAAAUAGAAUUUUACCAUCCAUGUUUUACAAAACAAAGAAAAGAACUACUUUCAUAUAUAAAAAGGAAAACAUCCUCUUCGAGUAUGAAAUCGGGAGAGACAAUCAGUAAUAGUUCUGGCACUAUUCAAGAUAUACUUGAUGAUGUGAAAGUACUUCAAGUUAGACAAGAAAGUGUCAAUUCCUUACUCUCGGCCAUGACACAAGAAAAUGAAGCAUUAUGGAGAGAAAUUGCCUUUCUUAGACAGAAGCAUGCAAAACAACAACAAAUAGUUGCUAAACUAAUCCAGUUUCUACUGACUAUAGUACAACCAACUUCCAACAGGAGAAAAAUUGUCAAAAGAAACUUGCCAUUGAUGAUUCAGGAAGGAAAAGUAGUUGAUGAUCAUCAAUUAGUAUCUCAGAAAAAGCAAAAGAGAGAUGAUAACUUACCAGAAAAACAGAGUCUUACUAUUCGAGAUGUCACUGAUCACUUAGACAAUGAAAAUCUAUUUUCUUCUCCGACAAAUGAAGCUUCUUGUUCUUCAUCAUCACAGACCAAAAAUGCUGAAAGUUCUCCUGUUGAAUUUGUAGAUGGUGCAAUGUCUUCAAUUUUUGAUACUAAUGUGAAUCCUACAGCAACAUUAGAAAAGUUAAAUAUAUUGGAACCACUACAGUCACCAGACGAUCUAAUCAAUCCAAAUCAAGUAGAUUCUCAACUUUUGGAAAUAUUGCAUCCAGAGACAUUGGUGACCGAAAAAACAAAUGCUGAUGACUCCAUUAAAAAGAUGCUGUCUGAGUCUCCCUUGGUGGCUUCUGGCGAUAAGCCAGUUGACAAUGUCAAAAUCGCAGACAGUCUUCCUUCUGAAACAAAAGUGGUGUCAAAUAUGAGUAAGGAGAUUGCCAAAAGUGAAGAAGUAGCUGCAUCAAGUUUAGAAUCUAUUCCUAAAAUAGAAAAUUUAUCAAAAAGUUCAUUUACAGAACAUCUUGAUCAUGUUGACAAUGAAUUAAAUUGGUUAUAUAAUCAACUCUCUGAAGAACAAAUAAACCUUGAUCCAUCAGAUUUGCUCUCACUGUUUGAUGCUGAUGACCAAGCUGCAGGAAAUGCCUGGACUUUGGAUCGUCUGCCCGAAUACCAGUCUGGAGACAUUCCAACAGGCAGCCAACCCACUUCUUGCCCUUCAUUGGAAGCAGAACUGUGGGAAGAUGAUUUUGUUCCAGAGGUGCUGUAGCUGAUCCUGGAUACUGGUGCUUUUUUCUAACAUCACACUGCUUUUCCCGGAUUUUUCUCCACCAAGAAGACUAGACUAUUGUCUGUGACAGUAGGAAGAGACAUUUCCACACCACUCUUACUGAUAGAUGAUAUCAAUUGUCAAUAAAAAACCUUUUUAUUUUAUUAA